GCUGUUGAGGUUGAGCUGGAGCGGGUGUCUACGCAACUCGCAGAAAAUGACAAGAAGGGUGGUUGGGAGUCUGAGAUCACCAUGGCGCAAAUGGGAACCAUGAUCACCAAUGCCAAGAAUUGGGCCACAGCCCGUGGGUUGACCCGUACAAAUGAAGUGCACGGAGCUGAAGAGUACAAAGUGCCCACGGCAGAGAGCUUCCUCUUCCGGAACUCGGACUCGCAAUCAACAAAGACUAAGGGCUUCUUGCAGGUUGAGGAUCCGAACGGAACCCUUCUUCUGGACUCGGUCACCGAGGCCUGUGCCCUCACGACCGGUACCGGUGGCCAAUUGCAGGUUGACCACGCACGGGUUGCUUGUCAGACAACUGCUACUUCCGCCAAAGAGAAGUGCUUGCCUGUGUUGCAAGCGAACCAAGAUGUUUUCAGUGUCUUGGCAACCUACAUAGAUAUGACGGGCAAGAAGGUUGAUAAAGCUACGGAGCUGCAGGCCUGCGAGUUGAAGAAGGAUAUGAGUGAAAAAAGUGCCGAGUUGGAGGCAAGGCAUAAGGAUUUGCUGCAGUUCCAGACCAAUGCUGUGUUGGAUGCUGGCACGCCGCCCAGCAGGACCACCAAGGAGCAGUUGCUCCAGUGCUACGCAAGCUGUACCCGGCUCGAUCUUGCCCUCAACUCUAUGAUGGUCAGAGCAAUGGCCUGUUGUCCCGAGGUCCUGCAAAACCGCUACGCCAAAAUCCAAGGUACUUCCAUCGAGGAUCCGACCCUGAAUCGCUUAGCUGGCCGACCUCGAUCGCAGCGUGAACAAGAAGAUCAUGAUUUGGACCUCGAGGUGUCUGACCAGAUACUCUCAAAGUACUUCAGUGGAGCAGAAUCUGCAAAGGGUUCCGCGGACAUGGCCAACAUGGUCUACAAGAUCGGUGCUGGCAGCCGACAACUCGACAUGCUUUACAAGAUUGCAGCUGCUGGCCAAAGUGCACCAAACGUGCACACGUAUUGCACUCGAUUUCUGUACACGGUGCUCCCGGCAGAGCUCUACUGGAAUGAUGCAACUCUGGAUGCCCUCAACGACGCCCUCGCCUCCGACCUCAUUAGCCUCUUCAGAACCGGCAUAACUGCACCAAGGUGGGAUACGGAUACUUUGUUGAAUGCUGAUUACUGCCGAUACCUGCCAGGCUAUGUCUUUGGCAACAGGUGUGGAAAGGACUUUGUGGUUUCAGGGCUUCUGCUGCUUUGCAAGCUGAAGUUGGAUUACAUGAAGAACUUUGAGCCUAGCUAUGCAAUACCGACCGGUGAGGAGUGUCCGGAUCACCUCUUCGAGAUGCUGCUGUAUGUCGUCAAGUGUGCAAAUGUAUACUUCCGGAUUCUGCACUAUGAAG